CUAGAAGCUAGCAGCCCGAUUAAGAUGAGCCGAGGGAGGAAAACGAUUACACAUUUUUUCCUUUUAGCAAAAAGGCUGGCUUUUGGGUCAGACUUUACUGUCUUUCCCACCUUAGAAAAAGCACUUUACGUCUAGUGUAGAGUUAGAUAAAACUUCCAAGUCCGGCCCAACUCGGUUUAUUCUCAGCUGAGGUUUUUUUUUUUUUUUUUUGGUGUUUUUAACUUCUGCGGUAAAUGAUUCCGGGUUCCUUUUACUGCUUUUCUCGUUUCCUAAUAAGUUGAGUUAGUUUCGUUUUUUGCGUUUUGUAAUAGCGUUUCAGCUGACGUUGCAACUGCGCUUUUGCAACACAAGGUUAAAUUUAGCUUUAGCCCACUAGCUCCUCGUCCCAUUCCUGCACUUUCCUAUGCUGAGCUCUCAGGACAGGUGUGCUGAGAGCAGGACAGGUGUGCCCGCACACACACAGGCUGCUCUGUAACACCACGGCUGUGUGGUACUGUAACUGUAACUGAGAGUGUGACCAUGCUGCUGUCUCUGGUGGUGCACACACACUCGCUGCGGUACUGGUUUCCAGCCACCAUCAUGCUGGGAACAGCCCCGGCUUACCUGCUGUCCUGGGGCGUGUGGAGGGCGCUGUCCUCCGUCCUCCCGGUCAGGCUGUACCACCACAUAGACGACCGGCUGUACUGCAUGUACCAGAGCCUGGUCCUGUUCUUCUUUGAGAACUACACAGGGGUCGAGAUUGUUAUAUAUGGAGAUAUACCAAAGAAAAAAGAGAACGUGAUCUACCUGUCAAAUCAUCAGUGCACAGCUGAUUGGAUCAUUGCUGACAUGCUCGCCAUCAGGCAAAGUGCUUUAGGUCAUGUCAGAUACGUCCUAAAAGAUGGACUCAAGUGGCUGCCGCUUUACGGAUGGUAUUUCUCCCAGCAUGGGGGAAUCUAUGUGAAACGAAGUGCAAAAUUUAAUGAAAAGGCCAUGAGAAAGAAGCUCUUCAGUCAGACUCAAUGUGGAACACCAAUGUAUCUCGUUAUCUUCCCUGAAGGAACUCGGUAUAAUCCAGAGCUCAAGAAUGUUGUUGCCGACAGUCAGGCUUUUGCUGCAAAAGAAGGGCUGGCUGUUCUGAAGCAUACGCUUACACCCAGGAUGAAGGCGUCUCAUAUUGCGCUGGAGGCCAUGAGGGGCCAUCUGGAUGCUGUGUACGAUGUCACAGUGGCCUAUGAGGGAACGUUAGAUAAAUCCGGUCAGAGAAGACCUGCACCAUCGAUGCCAGAAUUCCUCUGCAAAGAAUGUCCCCGUGUGCACAUACACUUCGAGCGUGUGGACAUAAAGGAAAUCCCUUCAGAGCCUGUGUUUUUCCGCAGGUGGCUGCACGAUCGGUUCGAAAUCAAGGACCGGCUGCUGAUGGAUUUCUACGAGUCGCAGGACUCAGACAAAAUUUGUACUUUCCCCGGGGAGGGAAAACCUUCUCCACUGAAACUCUCCAAGACCCUCCCCUCAGUGAUUAUCCUGGGGGGGCUGACACUGCCACUUUUGCUGACGGAGAACGGCAGGAAGCUGUACGUGAGAACCUGGGUGUGUGGGACUCUCCUGGGCUGGCUGUGGGUCAAUGUCUUCCCUUAACCAACGUGGUGGGGACUACCAACAUGAGAUGCACAGAAAACGUGGAGCGAGGUGCCAUUUUGCCAUUAUUACAACAACACAAGGUGUGUUAACGGUGCAGGGCAGCAUCUGAUGAGGCGCUCAGUUUUUGACUGGGGAUACUGAGAGAUAUUAAGCUAUUUUAGCUACUUGAACCCUCUUGUUUGCAGGCUGAGAUGAUGAGAAAAUAAGAGCAGAUUUCUGAACUGUAAAAUCUUCCAAAAAAAAUACACCUAGAAUAUUAAAUGAAUAUGGCUAAAAAAUGUUCUCAAAAUAAUUCCCCUCCUUCAGAUUGAUCCAGAUUGAUAUAUUUGCAUGCUGUUUUUCCCAUCAAUCAUCUGCCCCUUUUAACGCACCUUUUUUAUUUUUGAAAACUAAGUACUGAGUACUCAGACAUUUAAUGGUCCUUGAUCAUAAAUGAUUAAGUACACUGCCUGCUUGAUAUUGGUUGUAAUGUUUUACAUGCAAAGUCCCCUAUCAGGAAGAUGAUGCACCUUUCCCACAGAGUAGUGAUUUUACACUGUUAGAAUAUAAAAUGAGCAGCACACAGUCCUCUGUAAGGGCCCAUAAACAAAACACCAGCUACAUUGUUUGACAUAAAUAUUCAUGCUCACACCUUGUUGUUUUGACAGAGAACGUAACUUAAAACAUUGUCAUUCAUGGAAACUGGAAAGAGGCUUUUAAAAAAUGCAAUAUUUGCAUUUAGAAGCAAAGACUUUUUCCAUGAAUGUGGGCAUUGCUCUCACAGAGGACUGUGUGUAUAUAAGUAAAAAUGUUCUCUUAGUGUAAAAUAUAAAAUAGCCCUAUGUUGUCAUCCAUUGCCAAAAGCCGGUGUGUUUACCUGAUUGAUCGCUGUGUUAUAUGUUGAGCAAUACCUUUUUGUUUGUUCAUGUUUUGUUUGUUCUUUACCGUUACACACAAACGAGCAUAAUUUCCAUUUUCUCUGUAUAGAAAACAUACUUCUCUCUUUUAUAAUUAAUUCCAUUUCUUAACUUAGAUACAUGCUUUUUUUUACUUUUAAUAAACAGGUUGCAGUUCUCUUGAAAGCAUCUACCUAACAAAAAGCUGACAAAGCCAUUUUAACAGUAUAUCGCAGGUUCCUGUGCACUCAAAGCCAUUUGUAUUAUAACAUUGCUGUAUUGUGAAAUGCACUGUAUGUCUGUCAUUGUUUACUCUAAAGAAACCAUUGCAUUUUCCACUUGUCACUUUACAUACUAGCUCCUUUAUCCUCCCCUUGUAUUUUUUUUUCAUAUCCAUCAUAAAGUAAAUCUUGUGGGUUUUUUUACGUGUCGCUCCAAUACCUCACUUGAAUAAUCCUUCCUAGUUCUUAAAUGAAACCUGUCAGCCAUUUUAUAGUCAUUUUUAUUCUGACAAGAGCAGACUGUAACUCAUCAGGUAACUCUGUAGACAGUAUUUAAAUGUCAACUGUUUUUGGAAACGUGUGCCUUCUCUUUGAGGGCCACACUGGCUCUUUUCCAUCAGGUGACUGCAUGGAGGCGCUCUGCUGGAGCUGCUGCUUACUGCAGCAUGCGGUCACGUUGUCUACAGCUCAUAGUGGCUUAUUUUGCUCUACAAAUACAUUGAUUUACACUUUUUGAGGAUGAUUAUUAGUAUUGAACAAUAAAACCCUUUAACAUGUGGGAGCGGGGGGGACCAGAGUGAAAUAAAGUGGUUUUCUUUGGGGAAUAUAAGCUUUUCUGUCUUUUUGUUUUUGGUUUUUCUUUUAAUUAUUUUUCAAAGGUACGUGAAUAAUAAAGACUUAUGUACUUGUGAAAAUUGA